GCUGCGGCCUCACUAAGGCCAAGUACAGGGGGAGAACGACGUCCCGGGAUUUGCUUGAGAAGCAUCUAUGGAUGAUGAUACCUGUCAAAAAUCUAUUUAUGCCAGACAGUACUGCAAAUAUAAAAAUCAUAAGUUUGAUGCACCUUAUAAUGGCUCUCCAAAGGGCUAUAUAGUUUAAUCUAAGUGCAUAGCCUUUGGAGUGGGAAGAGGCUGUUCAUUCACUUGAACUGCACAUCUAUCCAGAUUUAACAUAAAUAGUGCUUAUUUGAUACAACCCACUGUUACUGCUUUGGUUUUAGCAGUCCCAAAUUGAUUAUUAGAAACCUUGAAAAUGUGGGCAUGUCCUCAGUUUCAGGGCUGCUGUUAGAAGCCUUGAAAAUGAUGGGGAGAUACUGAUCUUGAAACUGACUAGCUCCGGUCAUUUUCAUGAUUUCUAAUAGGGAGCCUUUGGCAACUGCUUCAGCUUUUCUGUCCGUAGUGCCAAUUAUGACAUAGUUAAACUGAGUACAGUAUAAUUACAUGGCAAAGGGACAUUGGGGUCAAAAAGUUGCCAUUUGUCUAACAGGUUGUCUAAAUAAGUUUUUACCCUUAGUGCAUAUGUAGCUAACGAAUAAUUGUUAGGUAAGCGUAGCAGGACCGGUCCCCAGGGGUAGGCAUGACCCCCCGGUGGCUGCACAGCUCCUGCACCCAUCCUAGCUCUCUGGGUCUCCUUCCUUCCUUCUCAUCUGCCAUGCCUUGUUGUAAUUAGUUAAGUUGGUGGAAAGGGAGGUUACCCUAAAAUCUUGUCUGUGCUUGUAAUCAGAGAGUGGCUCCCAGACUCCACAGGUCUCAAACUCUUCCUCAUAUGCUAGUUGGGCCCUCCUAGCCCAUCAGUGCUCCAGCUCAAUAAUCAUUUUAAGGGCUAAUUCCGUGGCCUCUGACCUCCUCCACAGCCAUACCCAUUCCUUGCAGGUGUUACCAAUUAUGCAUCAGCGGGUGUUUAGCCCAGUUUCCACUCAGUCAAUCUGGACCUUCUGGCUCAGGCCUCUAUGCCUUUGUCCCUUUCUUAUCCUCCUGGGGCUCAGGUUCCUGUACUCCUAGCCAGUCCCUGCCCCUCCUGGACUAUAGGCUCCCUGGCCCUGUUGAUCUUCACCACACUUGGGCUAUGGAUCCCAGACCAUUUCUCACCCCUUUGGGCUAUGCUCCUCUGGUUGUUGCCCUUCUUGGGAUAUGUUCCUCACCCCUGGCCUCACUUUUCUCAGGCUAUGAUCCCACCUUUCUUGGACUAUGGAAUUGGGGCCCCUGGCUCCAUUUCUGCCUUUUUGAGGCAGUAUGUUCAAGUCUCUCUUGUCUUCCUCUAGCAGAAGCCUGCUUUGUGUGUUGGGGCCUAGCCCUUGGCAGGGCUCCCCACAACUGUCAUGUGCCUCUGGCACCCCUGGGAUCCCCCUGGCUUCCCUUUCAGUUACAAUCCCAAACCGCCAGUAACAACUCUAAUGCAAACAUAAGCACAUUGGCUAUAACAUAAGUUCUACUUCUUCUGACUGUGUAACUAACCUUCCUCUGUAAUCCUGUAGCCUUUUGCUUAUAGCCUUUAUUGCAGGCAGCUGUCAAUGGGUCUCUUGGCUCUGGUCCUUUAAGUAUAGGUCUCCAUCCCUGUAGUUUAUUGACUUUGGGGCAAACAGCUCCCAGCCAGUCUCUCUGACAAAGUCCUUUUCAGGGCAGAGCUCCUUCACUGGCAGCUUUCAGAGACAGACCGCCUCUGGUCUCAAGCCCUUGACUUUUAUACCUCUUAAGUCCCACCCCUCCAGAGCUGAUUCAUCAGGACCCAUCAAGUAGUUGCCAUGGGAGCUGACAAGUACAGCUAUGGCUCCUUGUUGCCUGGCUAGGCUCUGCUGUACUGUAGCCAACUUCUUCCAUGCAGUGUUCCCUUGACUGGUGGCAGGUGUUUUCCUUUUCCUUUGCUGCAGUCAGUCAUCUGCUCCAGUAACAGGGCUUCGCUGAUGCCUACUCCUUCUAUUUAGCUUCCCUGGUGCCUACUACCCUCUAUUUAGCUUCCUGGACUCUGUCUGCUGCAAGAUGUUCCCUUACAGUAAUGGGUAUGUUAGUUUCCCUGUUACAGUAAGCAAUAGGCAAAAAAUCUGGCUUGGAGUUGUUCAGAAAAAAUAGUGGUAUAAAUUACUUGUUCAAAUAAUUACCACUUGUAAGUUACACUUUCCUACCAAUUUUUCUAUCUUCUCAGUGUGUAAAUUACACCAACUUGAGUCCACACGUGGUUGUACAUUGGGACAUGGGAAUUAGUAGAUUUUAAUUUGUAUGAUUUUAAGUUUUGCUUCUGCCUUUGUCAACAGAUGAGCCUAAGGAGUUGAACUUACUUACCCAAGGGCUGAACUUGAUCUGUUGUCAUGGAUGAUGACGACGAUGAAUCCUGUCUCCUUGAUCUUAUUGGGGACCCACAGGCACUGAAUUAUUUUCUGCAUGGACCUAGUAGUAAAUCUAGCAAUGAAGACUUGACGAAUGCAGGAUAUUCUGUAGCCAACUCAAAUUCAAUUUUCGCCAACUCCAAUAACACUGAUCCUAAAACAUCAAUAAAAGGUGUAAGCAAUCAGCUUGGAGAGGGGCCUAGUGAUGGACUGCAACUGUCGAGUAGCCUUCAGUUUCUUGAAGAUGAACUUGAAUCUUCUCCUUUACCUGAUCUCAGUGAGGAUCAGCCUUUUGAUAUUCUUCAGAAGUCCUUACAGGAGGCCAAUAUUACUGAACAGACUUUGGCAGAAGAGGCAUAUUUGGAUGCCAGUAUAGGUUCUAGCCAACAGUUUGCACAAGCUCAGCUUCAUCCUUCUUCAUCAGCAUCCUUUACUCAGGCUUCUAAUGUUUCUAAUUACUCAGGUCAGACGUUGCAACCUAUAGGAGUUACUCAAGUGGUACAGCAACCUGUUGGAACAUCUUUUGCGAGCAAUACAGUUGGUGUGCAACAUGGCUUUAUGCAACAUGUGGGAAUUAGUGUUCCCAGCCAACACUUGUCAAAUAACAACCAGAUCAGUGGUUCUGGGCAGAUACAGCUAAUUGGUUCAUUUAGUAAUCAGCCCUCCAUGAUGACCAUUAAUAACCUUGAUGGAUCUCAGAUUAUACUGAAAGGCAGUGGACAGCAAGCAUCGGCAAACAUGAGUAGUGGACUCUUAGUUCAUCGACAGACUCCUAAUGGUAACUCAUUAUUUGGUAAUUCAAAUUCAAGUCCAGUAGCACAACCUGUAACUGUUCCAUUUAAUAGCACAAACUUUCAGACAUCUUUACCUGUGCAUAAUAUCAUCAUUCAGAGGGGUCUAGCACCAAAUUCUAAUAAAGUCCCCAUUAAUAUCCAACCAAAGCCUAUUCAGAUGGGUCAGCAAGCUUCUUACAGUGUGAAUAAUUUGGGAAUACAGCAGCAUCAUGUACAACAAGGAAUUCCUUUUGGUUCAGCAAACUCACCUCAGAAUUCAGUAGUUGGUCCUCAUAUGUCUGUUAAUAUUGUUAAUCAGCAAAAUGCAAGAAAAUCAGUUACACCUCAAACAGUUAGCAAUGCUGGAGGUAGUAUUGUUAUCCAUUCUCCUAUGGGACAGCCUCAUGCACCUCAAAACCAGUUUCUCAUACCUACAAGUCUCUCUGUCAAUUCUAAUUCAGUUCAUCAUGUUCAGACUAUAAAUGGACAACUUCUUCAGACUCAACCUUCCCAGCUGGUUCCAAGCCAAGUAUCUGCUGAACAUGUUAUGUUGAACAGAAACUCUAACAACAUGCUCAGAGCCAACCAGUCAUAUUCAGGACAGAUGCUGAAUAACCAGAACACAGCUGUUCAGUUAGUUUCUGGGCAGACAUUCACAGCUCCUGGAGGCCAAGUUAUAGUAAAUCAUGGAAAUUCUCAAAUUGUUGGGGGACAGGUGCCAUUACAACAGGCAUCACCAACCGUGCUGCAUUUAUCACCGAGUCAAAGUAAUGUUUCUCAAGGUAGAUCAGGUUUUACUACAAUGUCACCUGGACAGUCUUCAGUCUCAAAUAUAUCAGCAUCAAACCGGUUCACUGUUUCAAGUUCUGGCUCUGUACAUCCAAGCUUGGGGCCUUCAAUUCAGUCUGUUGCAUCAGGAGGAAAUUUUACUGGAGAUCAACUUACACAGCAGAAUAGAACUCAAGUUUCAGUCAGUGGGUCACAUCGUCUUCCAGCUUCCUCUUCCAAAUCUAUCAGCACCUUCAGUCACACAUCAGUAGGAGUCACACAGCAACAAUAUCCUUUUGGUCAGGCUCAGAAAAAAAUUAUGAAUCAGACCUCACCAGUUUCUGCAUCAAAGUCACAAGACAGCUUGAGACAACCCCAGCUAACAAGUCUUCUGAGUAACACAUUGCCAGGACAGGACUCUGGAGGUAAAAUCAUACAGCAGUCUUUAGGAGCAGCACAACUGCAGCAGGAAAAAGGAAUAGGAUCAUCUCCUAUCCAACAAAAUAUCCAGGUGGAUGGUCAUACAGUUGGACAAAAGAGGCCUGCUACUAAGCAGCUAACAAAAGGAGCUUUUAUUCUGCAACAGUUACAGAAAGAUCAGGCACAUUCCGUGACACCAGAUAAAAGUCAGUUCAGUUCAUUAAAUGAUGCGAUCCAGAGACUCCUCUCAUAUCAUGUAUACCAAGGAUCACUGCCAACUGAGGAAGAUUUAAGAAAAGUGGACAGUGAAUUUGAAUCUGUAGCUACACAGCUUCUGAAAAGGACCCAGGCUAUGCUAAAUAAGUAUAGAUGUUUGCUCCUAGAAGAUGCAAUGCGGAUAAAUCCUUCUGCAGAAAUGGUUAUGAUAGACAGGAUAUUUAACCAAGAAGAAAGGGCAUCUUUGUCCCGGGAUAAGCGUCUUGCACUAGUGGAUCCUGAUGGUUAUCAGGCUGAUUUUUGUUGCUCUGCCAAGCAGUUAGAUAAAACAGCUGAUGAAGCACAGUCCAGUAAAAGUGAUCAUCAUCAGUCUAGCAAAACACUGACUUCUCAGUGUCAGACUACCAAAAUGCAUGUAAGAGAUCGACCAAAAUCCAGCACAGCAGAAUCUGCAAAUCAUGACAAACUUCAUUUAGUGCCUAACAACAUUGUGACACCACAAGGAGGAAACAAUUCUACUAAAAAAGCAGAAAGCCUCACUAAAGCUUUAAAGUUUGAGAAGGCUAGCUGUUCUCCUGAAAGCCAAUUCAUGGCUGUUUCUGAAGAAAAGGUAGUUGGUAAAGACCUUGCCAAGUCCAGUGAGAAUUCAUCAAGUUCUGAAGACUUGUCAAAAACAUUGUCAAGAGCCAAUCAUGGUACUCAUAAUAAAAUAUCAAGGAAUACGGUUGAAUCACAUUCAAAGGUAACAUGUAAUAAUUCCCUGCAGGAAAAAACUCCAAGGAGCUCUCCAAAGAAUGAGGUUUUAUAUCCUGACAACAUGAAAGGCUCUGGUGAAUCCCAACAGGAUUUAAAUACAUUCAAAAACAUUUUGGAACUGAAAAAAACUGGGAGACAGUCACAGAGUGAGGCUACUGGUGGUGGCUCUGUAGAAUUAGAAUUUCCAAAUUUUUCACCUAUUGCUUCACAGGAAAACUGCCUGGAAAAAUUUAUUCCAGACCACAGUGAAGGUGUUGUAGAAACUGACUCUAUUUUAGAAGCAGCUGUAAAUAGUAUCUUAGAGUGUUAAUAGUUACAGUACCAUGGACAAGUUAUGUUUCUCUUAGUAGGAGCAAAUGUGAAUGACGCCACAAGUACAGCCUGACAUAUGUCAAAGGUUAACCUUUCUAAACUAGAUUUGUUCUGUGUUUGAGAGCAAUACUCAUUGUGGUUACAGUGAGAUAUCCAGUAAAGUUAAUCCUUAUUAGAAUGCAGUCUGUUAGGGCCUACACAUUUCAAGUGUUAUAAUGAUAGUGCUUAUGGUAAUUGUUUAACACUGCAAUUUAUUGAGAUUGCAAUUCAUUUGGCCCUGAAUAAUAAGGUAAUAUACUGACAAUCACAGUCAUAUAAUAGGACAUAUUUAUUCAAGAUUUUUUUUAAAUUGAGGGAAGCAAAAAUCUCCCAGUCCUCCUUUACCCAAAAUCAUCAGAUUUGAGUUUUUCAGGAAAACCUUAUGAUUAAAAACCCACUGUACCUCUCUUCAGAAAUGAUUGUCUAUUUGAUGUAUUACUGAAACUAUCUGUUUUAAGAUUUAAAUUUGAAAGAUGUUGUCUGUAUGUUUACAGGGCUUCAUACUUAAAGUGCUUUUCUGUUGUUUCUCACUGAACAGAAACUACUACAUCACACUUUAUCUGUAGUGGGUAAAUUUAGUCUAUGGAACAAUACUGUAUGUGUCACAGUCAAAUGGCACAAUGUGAACUGUUAAAUGCUAAACUAAGGAAGGAAAAAUGGAAGCCAAUAAAUGUCAAAGUGUAAAGAAGGAGGCCAUGACAGAGCCACGGAUUUAUUUGAUGGAUAUUUAUAGAUAACAUAUAUAUGUUAACUCUUGAGGAAAAGAUUUUGAAUUUUGUAACUGGACAUAGUCAACUUAAGUCUUUCUGAAGUGGUAUAAAUGUUUUUGUUUUUUCAGACCAAGUGUCAAAAGCACUUUUAUUUGGAAUCUGUGUUACAAUAUUAAGUAGUUUAUACUUUAAGAGGACAUUAGCCUUAAUCUGAUAAAUUUAAAGGCCAGUGUUAUUUUUGCUUGUUUCUGCUUCUUGCUGUCAGAGAAUGUUAGUCAUCUACAGCAGCAGUCAUAAUUACCAAAAUAUGUACAGACCAAAGUCAAUCAGUUAUCCCGUUGUUAAAAUAUAUCUAAAAGUGUAUAAUUAUUCAUUCAUAUUUUAGAGCCAAAGGAAACCCCUGCAUGGUUUUUGUAUUUGGCUUAUGUUCAUGUUGAUGAGGAUAGAAUUUUAUUAUUUAUUUAUUAAUCUGUGAUGUUCUCUUUUUUUCUGCCCAUGCUGCUUUUUUACUAGUUUACCUUGAUCAUCAGUGCUUUUGGGCACACAAGUGUUCUGACAUUAUUAAAGCAAAUCUAGUAUGUCUGUCUGCCCAGAAGGAUAGAUCUUGUGGGUUCUAAGGCAUACUCUUUAUCUAUUUCUGUCUCCCUGUUCCUCACAAAAAAAUAAACAGAUGUUCCAGAACUUUCUGAUUACCAUUAUUGCCACCUAAAGACUCAUUAUGAUAAACUGUGGUUGUCAGUUAGAUUGCCAGAACUGCCAGGAAAGAAAAAAAUAGACGAAGUUUUGCCCUCUGUAGAUUUGUACUGGUGCAAAGAGGGUAGAAUUUGACCCUUUUGCUAGCUGAAAAUUACAGUGCAGCACAUUGUAUUGAGCUGCAGUCUACUUGUGAUCACUAAAGAAAACCAAAUCCAGUAAUGCAACCUGAGAAAAAUGAUGUUAUUUAACGUAUAAUUUAAGGUUUAAUUCCUCUUCAACCUGAAUGGAAUUAUAAAUAUUUUUGUACAUUAUGAAUUGCGGUUUUUUAAAUUUGUGCCAAUUUUUAAACAUAAGUUUGUCAGAAUCCAACAUUCCCAAAUGUCAUGUAAAAUAUUUAAAAAUAAUAAUAGGGUAUUGCCAGUUUUAAAUUUCUAGGUGGGCAUCAUUACAAUAGAUUUAGGCAGUUAGCUCUUUUCCUGUUGGUGAUACUGACUCUAUAGUUUUUGCCUAUUGCCUGUGAGAUUUGGUACAGAUGUCUGUAUCCUGACAGCUGUAUAUCUUUUAGCUCUUUCCAUUUUCUUUAAAAACUCUUUAAUGGUUAAAGAGCCAUUAUGAACUGUCGAGGAAGGAAGACCCUUAGUUACAUCAACUACAUAAUUAGUUUUUACGUUGUAAAAAUAUGAAUGCCUCUUAAUAGAUCCUGUUCCUCUUUGUUCCCCCAUAAGCAGGGUAUAAGAGUUUCAGACCCUGUACAGCAUAUACAAAACUCAAGUAUCAGAUUUUGUGUACUUCAUGUUGUUUUAUUUUUUGGGAGCAGCAAUUUAUUGAGAAAUAUAAAUGAAGACUGAGAAAUGUUCUUUAUCGUUGUUUAUUAGGUCGGAUAUAUGUGUGUGUCCAGAUUUCUUCUGUCAGGAACCCAUUGAACAAAAUUCAGUAAACCUAGCUUUGGAUUGCUAACAUUAUGUUGUUCAUUAAUCUGAAUCCAGUUUUAGGAAUAUUGGUACUCAGUGAAGCAGAAUAAUUUUAUUUAUUGUUGUUUAAAAGUGUGAAUUUGUUAUUAAGCAUAUGGACCCAGAUCCAGUGAAGUACUUAGAUAUAUCCCUAAUUUUAAGCACAUAUUUAAAUAUUUUGCUGGGUCAGCAUCAUGAUUUCCACUGUUCUUUAAUACCGCCUAAGAUUAAAACAAAUUUUAAACUGGCAAUUACGAAAAAUAUUUUAACUUUUAAGAGUUUAGCAUAAUUUAUCUGUUAGAUUAGGGAGGCCUUACAGACUGACUUCACUUAAAGAGGAUGUGUCACUUAUUGUCAGUGUGGUAUGGACUUUAUUUGCUUAAAUACCUUCAUUUGUAUAGUAUGUCUCACUUGAAAUUGCUUUGUAUACAUUUUGUAAAAAUAUUUAUAAAAUGUUUUGUAAAAAAAAAGUAUAACAAAUUGCAGUUUAUUUUGUUAUGUUGGAUAAAUACUGUUAAAAGACACAAGUCAGUAAAUAUAUUGUUAAUUCAUGGAUAGGAAAUGUUUAGUUGGAAAUUACAAAUUGAAACAACCAUUGCAAUACAGCCAAAGAUUUGGGAAAAAAUGUCUAUCUGUGAUUGUCUUGAUUUAACCAAGAGGAAUAUUUUCUUUCCAAUGAGGGUUGUUUUCAGUAUCAAAUAAUAUGGUUGCAAAAUA